GCUCCUCGUUGAACCAAUCGGAGGCCUCCUUCGCGUUUGACGUCAUUGCGACGGACGCGGAAGCAGUGAAGCGAUUGGUUGGCGAGCGGUUGCUUCGGAAACGGCUCCGGAGAAGGCGCGAAAAGAAAACGGAGCAAUGUCUAAGUUUGAGCUCGCAUAGAGAAGAAGGAAAGUGAGCGUCGGGUGACUGAGAAGCUAUGGAUUCCUCCAUUCCAACCAUUACUGAAGUUCGUGGAAUGUUGCUGGCUUUGCAGAAGAACUUGGAAUGCCCCAUAUGCCUGGAUGUGAUGAAGGAGCCAGUUUCAACAAACUGUGCCCAUAUCUUUUGCAGGUUCUGCACAUUGAAACUUCUUAGACAGAAGACAGGUGUAACACAGUGUCCACUUUGCAAUGCCAAGGUCACCAAAAGAAGUCUAAGGGAAGAUGUUCGAUUUAAACAAGUCAUCAAAGUGGUGCUGGAUGUCAUCCGUGCUUUUGAGCGUGAUACAGGGCUCAAGUUUUCAGAUGAUCAGUGUUUUCCCAAGAAGGACACAGAAGCCACUUCUGUUGCAGAUUCAUGGAAGGAACAGCUAGUUGUUGACACUAAAGGCUACAGGGGCAGAUCGAAAAGAGUGCAAGAAAGAGAAGAGGGAAAUACUAUAUUGCAGGGUGAGAGCUCUAACUUGCCAGUAUGCAAUGAGACGAACAAAAGGUAUUCCUUGAGAAGAAAAAGCCGUUCCAAUAACGCUGUUGUCCUUGAAGUUGGAUCAGACUCAUCUGAAGAUACCUAUAAGAAGACAACUACGGUCAAGUGUGUGGAUUUCAUAGAGGAACCCCUGACUUAUAUGGGUGAACAGUGUGCUGAGAAUCAAAACCAUUGUCCAAUGAACCUUCCUGGAACAAGUGCUGAACAUGAAGCAUUAACUAUUCUAGGUGAAUGCAGUUUCUCAGAAGAAAGACUGGAAAGCAUAGAAUGCACUCCAGCCGUCACUGAAAACGUGAAAGUUGCUGCAGAAAAUCUUGCUAAACUGAAGAGCCAGGGUUUGUCUUCUCCAGAUCCCUCCAUGGGACAGCGUGACACAAAACCUGAAACCUGUUCCCUACAGCAGGAUGGAUCUUGCUCUUCACUCAGUAUUCCACAGGCGGUUGCUGAAGCCACAAAUCCCACUGCAGAUAAGCAGGAAGGUGAUGGCACAGAAUGGGCUGAUAUUAUGAUGCCUGAUGGAAGUUCACAAAUGGUCCCUGUAAAUGAGGAACAGCAACUGCAGACCCAGGUUUCAGUUAACAGUCCGUUGAAUCCGGUCACUGGAAAGCGACUGAUGCGGAGUAUCCAGAAGGUCAGUGAAUGGCUCUCCAAAAGCAAGGAGGUCAUUCCCCCAGGCUCCUUUAAAGACAUUCACUCUGAACAAGUGAAUCAGGAUCUGACCCCUUGUACAUUGGAUGCAAACUUCUGUGUCUCUCAGAAGGCUGGACAAGUAGAAAAUCAGGGGGAGGUUACAAUGUGGCAUGAAGGUGACCUGCCUGUAGCCAAACCAGUAGCCUCUAAGCUUGAAGAUAAAAUAUUUGGGAGAACAUACAAGAGGGAACGCAAAUCAACCCCACUUCGGAAUGAUAAGGAUACAAUCCAUAUCCAAGCAGAGGAAAGUAUUGCUGUCAACACAAAUGCUUGUGAGACACCUCGGAGAAAAACCUUAGCACGAAAGAGGAAAGCCACAUCCGAAUUGACACCUGAUGACUUCAUCAGAAGGCAGGAUGUGAAAGAAUGUAGGAAAAGGCCUGUUGGGGUUGAUUGUGGUUCUUGGGAAGAAUGUGACCAAACCUUUGCUAAUGUUGUUGGCAGUCCUGUUGCAUACCCAAAAGAUGCGGAGUUUCCUGAAGAACCUUCUAUCAAGAAAACAGUUGGAAGUGAACAAGCUGUGAGCAUCUGCCAUAAAUUGUCAGAAUCAAAUCUGAAGAAGAAACCCAAUUCAUCAAGUAAGAAAAGUAGACAACUGACUAGGCCACAUGGUCAAUUGCAGUUUGUGGUGGGUGGAAACCCAUGGUCUCCUGAACAGUCAAAAAUACAGAUAGAAGACAGGGAAAUGAAAGAAAGAGACACAGGCCAGAGACAGAUUAGGCGGAGCAGGAGGCUUCAGUUGCUCACAGAAGAAACCUGGAAUGGGAACAAGGAACUUCCCCUCCAGCCAGAAGGACUUUGGAAGGAAAGUGAGCCAGCAAACAGAGAGAACCACAAAGAGGAUGAGAGAGAAAAGAAACCAAUGAGUUCUCAAGCAGGAAAUAUGCCGUCUCAGUCUGUGAUAGAAAAUGACCCCAGUAUAUUGCAGAAGGGUUUGCCAUUGUCUGAAACCAGCUUGAUGGACAUGAAAGAUGAUGCAAACAAAGUUUGUCCUAGCUCUUUAGUCUCUCCUUGUACGACUGAAGUUGUAAAAGGUCUGAGUGUUGAAGAAAUUAAAGAGGGUCAUAGUCCCUAUUUCAUUGCUCCCACUGUACGCUCUCAAGGCAUUUGUUCACUCCUGCAGUCCCAUCCUACAGCAGUGAAGCAAAGUACUUCUGAUAAGAAUAAAGGCAUCGUAGCAGGUCAAUUUGAUAAGAGUGCAUUGUGUGUUCAGACAGAAGAGGGCAGUGGGUCUUGGACAGCAGUUGUCACAGAAAGCCACAGUCUUCCUGAUGAUAAAACUGCAGGUCCCAUGGAGUUGAACCCAGAAACUGAUGACAGUGAACCAGAUGCAGAUUUUGUACAGAAGAUAUUCAGCUGCAGCAAACGUCGUUCAUUCUUACUGCAUCCAGGUCCUGCGAAGGAGUCUGCUGCUGAAAUUCAGAGGAAGUUGAAAGUUGGCAAAGUAGAAGAUGGCAGGGUUGACUGUUUGGAGAAAUUGACUCAAAAUGAGGGAAGAAACAAAGCUGUUGCCUGUGUGGCAGACAAAGACAUCACUGUCCAAAGACUGGCAACCUCUAGCUCCAGUUUCCAUGAGCUUGAGAGUACUACUGAGCACCUCCAGCUUGCUUUGAAAGCUCCCUUGCCAGAAAUGCCGUCCACGCCAGUACAGACACUUGCCAAAAUCGGAGAGGGCGGAAAUCAACUUCAAAGCCAAAAACUCACAACUGAAAGAAGAGCAUCUCCAGGAAUAGGAGAAAACACUAGCGGCAGUAGCAGAAGCCUGAGUGGAAAUGGCAGAAGUCCAAGUAUUUUGAGAAAUUGCAACAUCCAGGGCUCCAGUUUAAGCCUGGUUAAUGAGACAUGUUCCAAUAGAGACCAUUUUCAAAAAGCAGAGUCCACGGGUGCUGAACACAAUGGGUUGACAUUAAGCACUCAGCCAGAAUCAAUACAGCCAUGUCCUGCAAUUUGUCAACCAUCGCUUCCUCAGUCCAGCCAUGUUGAAACAAAAAGAAGCAGCAUAGAACAAAAGCAAUUGAAUAACGACAUAGAGGAAGCAAUGGAUAUUUCAAGCAUAGGUGUUCCUCAGUGCCUGGUUUCCAAAGAGAAUUUGGAGCAAUGCACUGAGGAGGGGCACUGUGUCUUUGAACUCUCGUCGGAGACACCAGAGGGCUUGCUGGACCCAGCCAUCAAAAGCAAAGAGGGGCCAUCUGAUCUUCUAGAAACAGACAGGGAAGACAUCUCAGGUGUAUCUUCUAAAAUGGACAGGCCAUCUCUUGUUGGGAAAGAUCUGGGCAACAAUGACUCUGGCAAUUCCAUGUUGAAGAGGAAACACUUUGUUUUAGCACAUCGGAAACCAGUGCGGAAAUUGCCAUCCUCGGAAGAGGAUGAAUCGAGUGAAGAGGAAGAGCUGCCAUCUUUUCAGGCACGAUUAUUUGGCACAUCAUCACAGGCAUUGAAAAACAAUGAGACAUCAGUAGAGAUGCUGGGACUGCAGAACAGCAGCAGAAGUCACCUCAGUUCCAAAGCCGAGGAUGUCUCUCUGAGUCAGGAGUCAGAGUGCUCUGUGAACUUGUUUUCCUCCCAGUCACAUGCAUCUGAGGACUCCUGCAGCAAGGCCUGUGACACAAGGCAUUUAACCCCAGUUUCUGGUUCCGUAGAAAAGCCUCCAAUUCCCAGCAAGAAUAAAGAAGACAUUCAACCUAGUGGUGAUGCUUCCAGAAAAGAUGUGCAACCAAAAGAUGAACAGCCCAGAUAUGAGAAUUCAGAAUCCAAUUUAGGUGAAGAAUGCAUGGGUUAUGACAGUGAAGCAAGCCACCUGGGGGAUUCAUCAGGCCUGUCGUCCCAGAGUGAGAUCCUCACCACACAGCAAAGAGAUGCCAUGCAAAAUGAUUUAAAGAAACUGCAGCAUGAGAUGGUUAUCAUUGAGGCAGCUCUCAAACAAGGAACCCAGCACGAUGCUCCCGAAGAAUGGCUGGAAUUGGAUAAGGAAGAUGAUUUCAUUGGAGAACAGAUGAGAUCACCAAAGGGAAGCACAAUGAAGUUGACUUCUGGAAUCAAACAGAGCUUCCUAGGUGAUUCUUUCUCGCCUGUCAAAAGCACACACGGGACUCUAGGUAGUCAUUACAUCCCUUCCUCAAAUCCUGAAGAGCUAUUUUCCUGUGACGUGACCACCAAGACAAAUAGGUCUCCCGCUACCAAACCAGGCACAUUCAGAAGACCACUUACGCCAAGGCACGAAGCACAAAGAAGUCCAACAAUAGCUCGCUAUUGUUCCAAAACAAAGAACCCACUCCUGAACAGUAAGAAGAAUAUGUCUCUGGUGGCAUCAGGUCUGAACCAAGGCGAGUUGCGAUUAGUACAGCAGUUUGUCAGGAAAACCAAGAGCAGUUGGUCAAAUAAAAUGACUGAAGAAACAACCCAUGUAAUAAUGAAAACCGAUGAGGAUCGGGUCUGUGAACGAACCCUGAAGUACUUUUUAGGUAUAGCUGCACAAAAAUGGGUGGUGAGCUACCAAUGGAUUGAACAAUCACUCCAAGCAGAAAGAUUACUUAAUGAGGAGGACUUCGAAGUAAGAGGAGAUGUAAUCAAUGGUAGAAAUCACCAAGGACCCAAAAGAUCAAGGGAAUCUCCUCCUGGAAAACUUUUCCAAGGUUUGGAAAUAUGCUGCUAUGGGCCAUUCACAGACAUGCUGCCAGAACAACUGGAAUGGAUGGUAGAGCUGUGUGGGGCCUCUCUUGUGAAGCAACCUCAUUUAUUUGCACAUCCAACAAACUCCUCUGCUGUGAUUGUUGUUCAGCCUGAUGUCUGGGGUGAAGACACUGCCUGUCAAGGGCUCCCACCUCAAUGCAAUGCUACGGUGGUUUUGCGCGAGUGGGUGCUGGACAGUGUUGCCUCCUAUCAACGUCAGCCGUUCGAUGGAUACACCAUACACUGACCCUUUGGGAGGUUUUCAGGAAUACAGAGUCUUCCAGACUGGAGUCUGUGGCACUUUUAAGAAAAGAUUUAUGUACACAGCUUGCAAGAUGUACACUUCAGUUGGCAUAAGAAAGCUCUGUCUCUUGCCAAAAUCAGAACUAAAACUGUAAAACUUCUGCCUUCAGCACAGUUCUUGCAGUGCACUGAGAUAUAGUUGCUCUGUUCUUAUACCAAUGCAUUAUUUACUGUAUAACUACUAUCUUGUUUGGGAAGCUUUCUUUUUCUUCACGGCAUCUUUAAGAUGUAAUCAUUUGCUAGUUAUAUGGAGCUCAGGGUUUCAGUUAACUUUGCCAGAUAAUCAUAGUUUAUGGUGGGAAUGUUCACAUAUAAAGUUGCACUUACGCUG